AUGCUCCGCCAGCUCUCAACAGCUUCGACCAAGGCAAUGCGCCUCGCUGGCGUCACCACUUCGCCGUCUCGCCUGGCUGCCCGGCUCAGCUCUUCUUCCUUCCGCGUGACCCCCACAGCCGCACUAGCCGCAUCUGCUGCACCAUCACGAGCACGGGCAGCACGGCCGCUCGCCGCAUCCCUGCGGCAGUACAGUAGCGAGGCCGAGCCGGUCAAGAAGGACACCAAGACCGAGGGCGCAGCAGCUGAGAGCAAGGAAGCCGGCGAGGCAGCGGGCGAGCCGUUGAGCGCGGAGGAGGCAGCGACGCUGCGCAAGGAACUCGAGACGAAGACCAAGGAGGUGGUAGACUGGAAGGAUAAAUACCUCCGGGCCGUGGCCGACUUCCGCAACCUCCAGGAACGCACCCAGCGCGAGAUGAAGGCGGCCCGCGACUUUGCCAUUACACAGUUCGCCAAGGACCUCGUCGACAGCGUCGACAACCUGGACCGCGCCCUAACCAUCGUGCCGGCCGAGAAGCUGGCGGCAGCCGAGGGCGAGACGGCUGGCGAGACGGCUGCGUCGCCCGAGGCCGAGGUUGCUCUGGCCGUCCGUCGCGACCUCGCCAACCUCGUCGACGGGCUCAAGAUGACCGAGACCGUGCUGCUCCAGACGCUCAAGAAGCAUGGACUCGAGCGUUUCGAUCCCGUCGGCGAGAAGUUCAACCCCAACGAGCACGAGGCUACCUUCAUGACGCCCAACAAGGACCACGAUCACAACACCGUCUUCCACACCCAGCAGAAGGGCUUCCGCCUCAACGGCCGCGUCCUCCGCGCCGCCAAGGUCGGCGUCGUCAACAACAAAUAG